AUGGAUAUCCCAGGGAGUACUCUCACAGAAUCCAGCAAACAGUUAAACGUUUUGGAGUUUUACCGUGACGCCGUGGUGCUCGUUACCGGCGGUACCGGAUUUCUCGGCAAAGUGCUGGUGGAAAAGCUGCUCCGAAGCAUGGCCGUCAAGAAGGUGGUGCUGCUUGUGCGGGAAAAGCGUGGCACCAGCGUACCCGAGCGAUUGCGUCAGUUGAUUUCCGAUCCAAUAUUCGAUAAGAUACGAGAGUCUGAAGUGCAUCCCAGCAAAGUGUUCGCAAAGCUGGAAGCCGUUGAGACUGAUUUUACGAAGGAUGAGUUCGUAAAGGAACCUUACAAAACGGAUCUACUCAACGAGACACAGAUUGUUUUCCAUGUCAUGGCUACGGUAAGGUUUGACAUGUCGUUUCAAACCGUUUUGGACACCAAUGUGACCAGUGCCGAACGGCUGUACACCUUCCUACGGCAAGCGCGCCAUCUGAAGGCGAUCGUACACGUCUCCACCUUCUACUCGAACUGCGACCGAGCCUACAUCGAAGAAUGCGUGUACGAUGACAUACGGUACGGCGGCUGGGACCACAUUCGACGCAUUCUGGAACCGCUGACGGAGGCGGAAAAGGCCAAACUGAUGCCCUCGAUCAUUGCCCCACUGCCCAACAACUACACGUUUAGCAAGAAGUGUGCGGAGGUGAUGAUACAGAAGCGCUUCUCCGACCUACCGAUCGGUAUCUUCCGCCCACCGAUUGUGACGCCCGGCUACCGAGAGCCCGUGCCCGGUUGGGUCGAUAGCCUGCAGGGUGUGACAGCGUUGUGCAUUCCGAUACUGAAACAACGGCUGCUUUGGUACUACGGGGAUCCUGCCGUGUGUCCGGCAUUGGCACCGGUGGACUACUGCAUUGCCGGCCUGAUCACUACCGCCUGUGACGUGAGCCAUCGGCAGGAGGAAAAGCGUGUGCUGGAAUCGUUUGAUCGACAGGGUGCUGAGCCACCGGUGUACAACUUUUACUUCGACAAGCAGCUCAUCUCCUGGCAGCAGUUUAUUGGACUUGUUGGGGCGAGUCUUCCGACCCAUAGUGGACGACUGUUUAGAAAUGUUCGUAUGCGGCUAACCCGUUGUCGAAUUCUGUCGCUCAUUACGUUCUGGUGGAUGUACCUUCUUGCCUACAUUGCGGACUUUUUCCUGACAAUUCUGAAAAAGCCAAAAUGUAAUGUUAGAAUGGCGACGGGUCUGAAAACGCUGGCCGACACCUCCGAACACUUUCGCAGCCACACGUGGACAGCACGAAACGAUAACGUCAAGCGCAUGAGGCAAUUGCUUUCCAGGGCGGAUGAAGCAGUGCUCGAGUUUGAUGUCGAUCGAAUUGACCUGGUAGAGUACUACAAACAUUAUACGGCCGGGCUGUUUGAUCUGCUGAAGAGAAAAGAGCUUCAGCGAAUACAGAAAAAGAAGCUUGAAUGUUAA